GCGCGCCACUAGGUGUGCCGUCCCGUCGCUUCUAUGAGGUAGAAAAAGCAGUGCGUGUUGAAUCAGUAAGAAAGAAAGUAAGAAAGGGAAAAAGUACAAAAGAAUCAGGUAACAGAGAGUGGAUUAAUAGCACUGUGGUCAUUGCUGUGGAGGGACAUCGAAGCCGUUCUUCCCUCGCCAUGGAGACGCGCAAGGAUGAGCCGGGCAAGUGUUCCGCCUCCUUGCCCUCGCUGCACAAGGCCCCGACGGAGCCUGCCUCGGGAUUCGGCCGCGGGGCGCCCUCCUUCUCCGGCUGCGGCCUCGGGAGCCAGGUGUGGAGCAGCAGCAGUAGCAGCAGCAGCGUGUACACGUCCUCCUCGCAGCACACCCUCAGCGGCUCCUCGACGCUGCUGCCGUCGGAGCCCAUCAGCAUCCUGGGCAAGGGCAAGCACAACUCGGGCGGCGCUGCCCUGUCGACGGCCAGCCCGAGACACAGCGUCAAGUUCACGGAGCCCGAGGGCGGCGUGGGGAAGGCCCGGACGCCGGACAGCCCGCGCUUCAAGAGCCAGGAGAGCCCGCGGCUCAAGUACCACGAGAGCUUCAAGUUCAAGUUCCACGAGGGCUCGGCGACGACGACGCAGAAGAUGGGCAUCGCCACCGUGCCCGAGAACACGGCCGUGAGCGUGACCGAGACCUCGAGCUUCCGCUACUCGGAGUCGUCCUCGAAGCUGGUCGGGACGUCGUUCCGCUGCCCCGACAGCCCCCGCGGCCGCUCCAAGAGGAUCACGCGCACGCCCGACCGCAACUCCAUCAUCGCCUCCAUGGAGCUCAAGGUGCCCUCCUUCCACGACAUGGGCGGCUCCCCGUCGUCGGUGGGCAGCGUGGGCGCGGGCGGGAACCUCACCCCGUGCCUGGGCCUGCCCGAGAGCCGCGGCCUCACCAUCCUGUCGCCGCACAACCCGACGCCGGAGCUCCACUUCUCGUCCACCUUCACCGUCAGGACGCGGAAGGGCAAGACCAUCGUGCUGCCGAAGCUGCGCAUCCCGGCCUUCCACUCGCACUCGCACGACAGCAUCUUCCUCGGGUAAGGCUCGG